AUGCAGUGUGAUAUCUGCUUUAGAACUGGCGGACAGAGACUGCCAUUUUUAUGCCCGACUGAUGCCAGAAAUCGACUUUAUGAGCCUCGAAUUCAGCACGCUCGGGUGCUGGUGGAAAAGGAUGCCCUCGACCAGCAGAUAACGGCCCUUGUUGCGUCACAGUCGAAAGGUGUUGAGCAGAAUGAAAACGGCCCUGCAGUUUCUCGACAAGACAUCUCCGAGAUACUGGCUGAAAAAGAACAGGCUGUGGAUAGGACACAGCAAAUCAUCGCACAUGCAGAUGAGUUGCGGAUCAAAGUCGAGAAAGCCAGGGAGGAAAUAGCCAAGAAGAAGGCCAUCAUCGAACGCAGAAAGUCGGAAUUAGCCGCUGCAUCAAAUGGAGCUGAAGCCCGGAGAACGAGACAAAUCGAAGAGGUUGAAAAGUCCAUUCGUAUGAGCAAAUACAAAUGGAACCAGACGCAUGCUGUUACUGCAUCAUCCCGGGCCUUCCUUUGUGGCGAGGCUGCCAAAUUAUAUGGACUUCGAUGGGUCAGGAAGAACGGCGGCUUAGAGGAAUAUAAGAUUGGCGGGAUAGGAAUCAUUGAUUUGAGGGCAAUGAAUACCGCAAGCCCAGCCCAGAUUUCAACGGCUUUAUCACACAUCGUACAUCUUCUGAUACUGUCUACACAUUACCUAGCUAUUCGUCUUCCAGCUGAGAUAACUCUUCCUCAUCGAGACUAUCCUCUACCCACUAUAUUCCCUCUAGCCUCAUCGUACAAAUACACAAAUGUGCCCUUCCCCGGCACGACGCCUGCACAAUCCUCCAACAAUAGUCCCACAGCAUCAAGGCAUGUUGAGCAGUCAAAUCAACCACGUCCCCGGCCACUAUUUAUCACGAAGCCACUCCCGAUGCUUUCUACUGAAGACCCAGCCGGUUAUUCCCUCUUCGUCGAAGGUGUGACCCUUCUGGCGUAUGAUAUCGCCUGGCUAUGCAAAAGCCAAGGUAUUCCUGUAGGAGAGAGUAGCAGCUUUGAAGACAUCUGCAACAUUGGAAGGAAUCUCUUUAACCUACUUAUUGGCUCACAGUCCCGCCCUCCUAUUGGCCGAGUGCCAUCUGCCCAGUCCACACCUACAAGAGGUGGUCGAGACGAGAGCGAGGGAGAGGACAAGAAGACUACUUCUAGCUCCAUUAUGGGAAGAUUUUCUCAUGGCACGGCACAUUCAUUCCUCGGAAAUGCGGAUGGCACAGAAUUCAUACGGAGUUGGAAGCUGCUGAGUCCCAUGAAGCUUGCUGACAAGUUAAGAACGAAGCUCCUCAGCGAAGUAGCCAACGCAGAAUGGGAGGUGCUAGACCAGGAUGCCUGGACCAUUGACGAUGAGAUGGGCGAUGACGGAGUAGUUGUUGGGGCUAGAAGGGAAGGAGGGAGGGGCUUGGGUCUGGGCAUGCAAAGUUUCAUGAGUAUGAAGACAGUGAUGGAUGCGGUAGAGAUUGUUGGCGGUGCUGGCGAAAGAAGGCCUGGGACUAGCGGGUGGACAAAGUUGAAACCCAGGUAA